UAAUGGAAAAAUUAUGGGAUUAAAGUUUUUUUUUAUUAUUUUUCAAUUUAAAAAGUACCUGUCAGAUAGGUGUGACCUAUUUUUCAGAACGGUUAUUUAUUUUACGAUAUUGAUUUUUUUCUUUUGUGAGUUUAAGAUUUAAUGAUAGAUAUACUAGCAGUCAUUACGAGACCUAAAACAGAUAAUCAUCCGGAGUGUGACAAUAAUUUGGCAAAACAGCUUAUGAAAUCCAUACAAAGAUUAUCAAACAAAAACUACGGUUGAAAGUAUCGUUUUACGUAACACAAACACUUGCGGAGCUAUAACCGAGUAGACGCCCCUCGCCUCCCAACCAAUGACAGCUGGUUCUGGGCGGAGCGACGUGUAUCCUGGUAUGCAGCUUCCAGAAAGUGUUUUCAGAAAUCAACCACUGAAAACUUAGUCGUCGUCAACAUCUCGCGCUCAUCUUUAUGACAAAUCACAGAGUGCUUCUCAGUCUCCGAAAUAAUAUAAAAUGUUUCGAUUGAAAGUUCCGUAGGAAAUGCUUCAGGAUAUUGUCAUCGAGUAAUUAAUAUGUGAUUAAUAUAGUUAAAAAAAUGCAAAGUGAAAGUAAGAGCGAUGAGAACGGUAGCCGGAAGGCCCUUCGGACGCCGAAGUGUGCUCGCUGCAGGAACCACGGUGUCAUUUCCUGUCUGAAAGGUCACAAGAGAUUGUGUCGAUGGAGAGAUUGUAGAUGUCCAGGAUGUCUUCUGGUCCUGGAGAGACAGAGGGUUAUGGCUGCUCAGGUGGCUUUGCGUAGACAACAGAGUUCCGGUGGAACGGCGAGAGAGGGUGAAGCCGCUGCUCUAGCUGCAAGGAAACGAGCUUACCGAGCGAGGCUCAGGACGGUUCAAAUAUCGAGACACUACACACUACCGGAUAAUAAUUACGAAACUAUGAGAAGCUCCGAUCCUGUAUGGAGCGAACGCGUUCGUAGACGCAAGGCAUUCGCAGACGCGAGUCUAGAGCAGCCGAUGCCGCUCCCAGCCCCCGGACUGUGUUCUCACUUACUGGCUGCGCUACUUCACUACGUACCACCACAACCACGACCCAAAAUAUCAUUCUCCAUCGAGUCCAUUAUUGGUGUUCAGUAAACGUACUUUAUGAUAUCGUUAAUGAUUUCAUACUUUGUCGUUUCUGGAUAUUCUUUGAAAAUCAUCCUCAUUACAACGUAUGGUAAUAUUUCUUGUGAUUUAUCCUUACUAGGAGUUUUACUGAGAGUAUGCUUAACCAUUCUUGAGACUUUCAAAUCGUUAUCUCUCUGACGUUAUAUUUUUCAAAUCUUAACAUAUUUCGAUUUUUAAUUUGUUUUUUAUAUUGUGUGAAGGCGUUUCUUAAAUCUUCCCACAUUAUACUAUCACGUAAUGUUUUUGAAUGAAAAUCUUGCAUCUUUGGUAAGGAUGCAACAUUGUAAGUCUAUUUACUAAACAUCAGACCGUUACUCUCACGUACGUAAAUACGUCUGUCAAUAAUUAUAAUACUAUUAGAAUAAAAAAAAAAUAAAAAUCGUUUGUUGAACAAUGAGUGCUUUAUUAACGAAAUGUAUGGUAAAAGAAGUUUUAUGGUGAGGUCAAUGAAUUACAACCACAGCUUACAAACAAUUUAUCAGUUGCUGCAAUGUAACUGCGAUAUUAUGUACAAUUUUGAUUAUGUCUCGAGUACAGAUAAUAAUUUCAUACAAAAAAAAAAACAACCUAAUCUGUAACCAUCCACUACGCCGAUAUUAGGCCAUGUUGGAGGUAGCGAUUUGAAUUUAGAACUCCAUGUUUUCUAUAAUUUACUCUGUACUCGAUUAACAAAUAAAAUCGAUUCUAUUUGAUCGAAGAGGCUAACAGACUAUUUGUUCAAAUGGGUAAUUUUUAACAUAUGAAAUUCAUUUUAUAGUAUUUAUUUUAUUAUUUUUUAUAUAAGAUGUGGUGAUUUUAACUUUGUGUUAUCUGUCGCGUAUGACUGAAGCAACAAAUGGUCCAGCUAGCCUCGUUUAAUUGUUAACUUCGGUUCUUAGUACUGUUAUGUAACAACUGGUGUGACUUCACAAAAUAAAGAACGAUACAGAAAAUACUUAUAAAUAUAAUAAAUACAAUACAAAUAUCAAAAUAGAUACGUAAGUACGAUUCAUAUAAUUUGGUACGAUUUUAAAUAAUUAUGUAUAUAUUAUAUCGAACGUAAGAGAUGGCGAUGAGUAUUCAAACAAUUUUUUUUUUUUUUAACCAAAACAACAGAGCUUACAUUUUAUGAUUUGUACGUCCCAAUAACAUGAUUUGUUAACCUAAAAAUUUGGCGUCGGUGAUGUUUUUUUUUUCAGAUAUUUGUAAUAGAUAUGAUCUGUAUCAAUACCGGUUAUGUAGGUUUUCAGUCUUUGUCUUCUUAUUUAAAAAAUAAUAAUUUAAUAAUUCUUCCCGCCAAAUUUUUAAGCUGAUGAUAUAAUCUGUAUAAUAAAGAUGACUUAACCACGAUACACAAUUUUAUGCAUUUCACAACACAAAUGAUAACUACAGAAGGAUGUGCCUCACGAACGCCGCCUCACACACGCAACAACACGCGCACGCUCACAUACACACUUUAUCACCUAUUAUCACGGUUUUUAGGAAAAAAAAACAACCCUAUAUUUAAAAAUGUCGACAAAAUCUACUAAUCUUAAAAAUAAAUUACGAGUUAA